UCCCCAUUUACACCAAGUCACUAGCAGCACCAAGCCAGCAACAAACUGCAAAGCAUACGCUCAAAGCAGUUUGUGGAGAGGGCCGCCGCCGCCGCCCAGGCCACCGUUUCCUUCUGGGUUUCCCGCCUCCAUCCAUCGCCACCGCCCUCCUCUGCGCUCCGUUUCCUCUCGAUGGACGCAGUCUCCGAGGAAUCACUCCGCAGAGCUCUGGCAGAGAAGCAAUCUGCAAUCGAUGCUCAGGGCAACGCAGUGCGCGCCCUCAAAGCUUCUAAAGCGGAUAAGUCUGAACUCCAAGGUGCAAUCGAUGCCCUCAACGCCUUGAAGCUUGGCAAGUCCUCGCUCGAGAAGAAGCUGCAAGCCGCCGUUACCGGCGGCGGGCCUGCCGAGGGCGCCCUAACCAGGGAGGCCUUCCGUCAGGCCGUCGGUAACACCCUCGAGCGACGUCUGUUCUACAUACCCUCUUUCAAGAUUUACGGAGGCGUCGCUGGGCUCUAUGAUUAUGGCCCUCCUGGUUGUGCUGUUAAGUCCAAUGUUCUCUCUUUUUGGCGGCAGCAUUUUGUGUUGGAGGAGAACAUGUUGGAAGUGGACUGCCCGUGUGUGACGCCCGAGGAUGUUCUGAAAGCAUCUGGUCAUGUGGAUAAAUUCACAGAUCUCAUGGUUAAGGAUGAGAAAACCGGAGAUUGCCAUAGAGCUGACCACUUGCUGAAGGACUUUUGCAAUGAGAAGCUUCAGAAAGAUCUUACUAUAACUGCUGAGAAGUCCCAGGAACUGAAGCAUGUACUUGCAAUGUUGGAUGAUUUCUCUUCUGAAGAACUCGGUGCCAAGAUUAAGGAAUACGGCAUUACAGCUCCUGACACUAAGAAUCCACUCUCUGAUCCCUACCCAUUCAACUUGAUGUUUCAAACUUCCAUUGGGCCAUCAGGGUUGAUUCCUGGCUAUAUGCGGCCCGAAACAGCACAAGGUAUAUUUGUAAAUUUCAAAGAUCUGUAUUACUAUAAUGGCAACAAAUUGCCGUUUGCUGCUGCUCAAAUUGGUCAGGCAUUCAGAAAUGAGAUUUCUCCUCGGCAAGGUCUGUUGAGAGUUCGUGAGUUUACAUUGGCUGAAAUUGAGCACUUUGUUGAUCCUGAAGACAAGUCUCAUCCUAAAUAUCUGGAAGUUGAGAAUCUAGAAUUCUUGAUGUUCCCGAGGGAAGAACAGAUGUCUGGACAAUCUGCAAAGAUAAUCCGACUUGGUGAUGCUGUUUCAAAGGGCAUUGUCAAUAAUGAAACUCUUGGAUAUUUCAUUGGUCGAGUGUAUCUCUUCCUAACUCGACUUGGCAUAGACAAGGAACGCUUACGAUUUCGGCAGCAUCUGGCAAAUGAAAUGGCACAUUAUGCUGCAGACUGUUGGGAUGCAGAGAUUGAGUGCUCUUAUGGUUGGAUUGAGUGUGUUGGUAUUGCGGAUAGGUCUGCAUAUGACUUGCGUGCUCAUACGGAAAAAAGUAAGGUUGCACUUGUUGCCUCUGAGAAAUUUGCCGAACCUAAGGAAGUUGAGAAACUAGUGAUUACACCUGUGAAGAAGGAGCUUGGCCUUGCAUUUAAGAAACGUCAGAAGAAUAUUGUUGAAGCUUUAGAGGCAAUGAAUGAAAAAGAGGCUAUGGAGAUGAAGUCCUCUCUAGAGAGCAAAGGUGAGGUAGAAUUUUUUGUCUGCACUCUCGACAAAUAUGAGACUAUCAAGAAAAACAUGGUCUCAAUUUCGAAGGAGAAGCGGAAGGAGCAUCAAAGAGUUUUCACACCAUCGGUCAUCGAGCCGUCGUUCGGCAUUGGAAGGAUCAUAUAUUGCCUUUUCGAACACUGCUUCUAUACUAGGCCUAGUAAAGCUGGGGAUGAGCAGUUGAAUGUCUUCAGGUUUCCACCUCUGGUGGCACCAAUAAAAUGCACCGUCUUCCCACUGGUUCAGAAUCAGAAGUACGAGGUGGUUGCUACAGCCAUUUCUAGGUCGUUGACUGCUGCUGGAAUCUCUCACAAGAUUGAUGUUACAGGGACCUCAAUUGGGAAACGAUAUGCCAGAACCGAUGAAUUGGGUGUACCCUUUGCAAUUACUGUGGAUUCAACAACUUCAGUUACAGUCCGAGAAAGAGACAGCAAAGAUCAAAUCCGAGUAAACGUCGAAGAGUUGGCAGCAGUGAUGCGAUCGGUAACCGAGGGACAAACUACAUGGGCUGAUGUUUGGUCUCGUUUUCCCCAUCACUCCGCUGGAUCGACCAAUGAGUCCGAGGAUUGAGUCAUCACAGUCACAGGGUACAACACUAAUUUGUUCGGGCAUACAGCUCGAGUCUUAAAAUCUUAAUUCCUGUUUCUCUCCAUACUGUUUUUUGCACUUGUUGCCAUGAUGGAUUAGACGCUGCCUAGUUUUGGACUAUGCUAUUUUAGAACUAUUGAGGGUUUUGGACUAUGAUAUUUUAGAACUUCUGUGAGCCAAGGUUCUUGUUUCCAGCUGUUAAAUGUAGAGGGAUACACCAGCCUUCAGACGUCCACCGAGUUGUGAGCCAAGGUUCUUGUUGUAACCGAUCAGGUAAAAGGCAACGUUGAUAUCAGAUUGGUAGAUAUUCCAGUGGCAUUUGUGGGAACACCGGCGACUUUCUCAGCGCAACGACACUCUAGUGAUGCGUGUUUUUCGAAGGUGGGACCUCCUAAGCCUACCAAAUUCAAAUUCAUGAGUUUAUUCAGCAAAAAAAUUCAGGGCAAAAUCGACUGGAUUUUAAAAAUUCAAACCCAACAGGUAUUCGUUGGUUCAUGUACAAAGAUGCAAUUACAUUAGUUUUCACUACUAUUGUCUACCACAUACACACUAACUCACAAAUUAUUCAUACUAAUGGUUCCAUAUUAAAGAUAAACAUCGACAAACAAUAUGAUUGAUUGAACGUGUGAGGAAUUAGUUUAGAAAUUAUAGUUAAUUUGUUAAGAGUUCCGUGGGUCGUGUGGGUAUGGACUUGGAUGUGGGUAUCCGCGGAUUGCAUAUGAUUAACCAAACUCACCUUGCAAAAGACAUAUCGGGUUUAAACCCGAACCCGGCUCACAACACGUCAAAGCGAGUUUUAUCCGCAUUGACCGGGAUGAGUUAGUUAGGGUACCCAUAGAUUCAGGUUCUACUACCAUCCCUAGCUACAACAUGCAUCCGUCGCCCCGAAGACAGGGGAAAGUAGGAAAUGAAGCCAAAGACUAGGAAACACUCCCAUGAAUAUAAAAACAAUAGAGCCUCACUUAGCAAGCCUGCGGGUGAGGUUGGCCGCGUUAUGAAUGGAAGCACCACGCACUCGGGAGCAAGGAAGAUGUGGAGUUAUUGUUGUGACUUUUUCGGGACGAGGGUACACGUACGAUAGCUCGAGACCAGGUGAUCAGGAUUGUGAUAGAGUCGUGAACAAUGUUCACUUUCCGAAAAGAAUAUUUCCACUCUCUACAAAGCCUUGGGUUACAGGAAAUUUCUCCCGAGGAUAAAACUAUCACCACAAGGUUCUAGGCUCAAGAACACUUAAGCAUACUUAGAAAUUUUUGGAAGAAAGAAGAAGAAUAUGUUUGAUGGUAUGUGGCAUCAUGCACCCCACACACAUAUUUAUAGGGGCCGAAUCCAUGCAUUGUUUCAUGAAAGGUUGCAUUUAUCCAUAUGAAAGGUUGCCCUUAUCCAUAUGAAGGGUUGCCUUUAUCCAUAAGGUUAUCCUUAUCCAUAAAAUAAUGCAACCACCAUUAGGCCAAAGGGAUGUGUCCCUUCAUGGAAUUAGAAUAUCGGUUCGGUCGGUCCAAUUCCAAACCGGAUGGUCGGUCCAACCCAACACCAGUUUGACUUGGUUAGUCCGGUUCAACCAAAUUUCCAACAUUACUACCCCCAUUUUAGUGUAUUCAUAGAAUUCACAAAAAUCACAACAUUCUUCCAACAAAACUUAAGCAUUAAUGAAAAUGUCGUGACGAUUGAAUUUUCACCAUAGUAUAUUACACUUGACGAAUACUCGAAUACAAUGGGUGUCGGUAA